CCGUGGCCAGGGAGGUGAGUUCAACAAGAGCAACAGAGGCAGAUGAGUCAACUGAUUACAGUUUCAUGCGGUCUAUAAAAAAACAAAACAGAAAGUGAUUAGAGAGAUGUUUGCACACGUUUGGAGCGCAUUUGGCGAAGUAAUGGUUGGGUGAAAGAUUAGAGAAAUGAACAAGCGUCAAACAGCAUAUUUUCUGUAGUCCACAAACUACAAAUCCCAACCUCUCUCGCCUUAACAGACAGAAAAGCCACACCGCGCCGUAGGGAAAUAAGUGGAUGCGUUGGUGACAGUAGGGGAAGGGAAAGAGACGAGCUUUUUCAACAUAAAUGGAGGUUCAUCCGUAGCGGGAGAGAAGAGCAGCUGCAAAAAUAUAAGCAAAAUGGCGAAAGAGCAGGAGGUCGAACGCAUUGCUAAAACGCUGGACAAAAUGGUGCACAAGAAAAACACGGUAAGUUGAGUUUGCUAGGUGGCGCGGCAGAAAUCAGGUAUGCUAGGCAUGGCAGGAGUGUUGUGGUGGUCGUGUGAUGUCGGAUGCACCUUUUGUAGACAUCGAAAAUUCUAGCAAGCUACAGAAAGCUGUUGGCUAUUGGUUUUUCGGGGUUCCGAACAGGGGAAAAAAACGAGUUGAUUGCGCUGUCGACCUUGAAGUGAAAGUGAAUUGUUGCACUUCACUACUACUGUGUGGCAGCGUAGGUUGUAAUGGCAACAUAUUGAAACAUUGUUGCAUUCACGCGGUGAUUUGUUUGUUAUGAACGGCUGUCCACACCGUAGACAUUAAAACCUGCCCCCAGACCCCCCCCUGCCCCUCCGUUCUCCUAAUUAGUUAAGCCCAGUCAUGGCUACUCGGGUUAAUCAGCGGGAUCGUUUGUUAUCUGUAUAGGUUAACUUUGGCCUAGAUAUGUCAUUUUUUGAACAUGCCACUCACUACCUCUGCUUUCGACCCUUGCAUGGAGGCGACACCGGAAUAUUUUACCUGGAGAUAAAGUCCUUACAUCCAUACGCAUUCAGUCCCCGCCACACGGAUGACCAGCCAUUUAAAACGUACAGUUAACCUAACCAAAUUUGGCCGCUGUGCUCACAUUCGUUCCCAUAUCACCAUAGGCCUACACCACCCAGUUUUUAUUGGUCUUAUCAUCUAGGUUGUAGCCUAAUAUUGUUGGAAUAACAGCAUAUGCAUAAUGCUCGUUCACUAAAAAAUAGAUUGAUAUUAUUGUAUACAGCGUCCAUUUCAAUUUAAUAGGUAUCAAUAUUUAUGUCUCCUUUAUUCACAGGAUGGUGCCAUAUAUCUGCUGAGGGAACUGAAGAACAUGAAGAUGUCUCUGGAGACACUACAGGUAGACCUAAGCAUGUUCUCAUACUGUAGGCCUCUCUGUCUAUACCACAGAAGAAAAUACUAUUAUAUUGUGUUACAAUGGUCAAUGCAAUGGUCUAAGGCACUGCAUCGCUGUGCCACUAGAGAUCCUGGUUCGAAUCCAGGCUCUGUCGUAGCCGGCCGCGACCGGGAGACCCAUGGGGCGGCACACAUUUGGCCCAGCGUCGUCCAGGGUAGGGGAGGGAAUGGCCGGCAGGGAUGUAGCUCAGUUGGUAGAGCAUGCCGUUUGCAACGCCAGGGUUGUGGGUUCGAUUCCCACGGGGGGCCAGUAUGAAAAAAUAAAAAAAUUUAAUGUAUGCACUCACUAACUGUAAGUCGCUCUGGAUAAGAGCGUUUGCUAAAUGACUAAAAAUGUAAAUGUAAAAAAAUGUCAAUACAAUACUAUGUCUUUACAAUUUCUCUAUGGUGUCAGUCCAGGAUCUGCAUCAGGGGUGUCUGUUGGGCAGGGCCAGACCAUAGCUCAAGACCAAACAUGUAAAGUAGGCUAGUUAUUCCAAGCCCGAUUUUUAAAAAUGUAACGUCUGUUAACAAAUUAAUUGGCUGGCUUUAGGACCAUGCGGCGCAUCCCUUGGAAGGCAGAGACGGUGCCAGACAGUUUGCUUUGCCGGUCAGCCGUUUAGGCAGUGCGCUGAUUGCUUUGAAUUUGAUGUCAGCAUUUGAACUCACCGGUUACUUUCACAUUGAUGUCGGCAUAGGCGGAGCAUCCCAUAGGCUAGGGGAAGAUAAGCUUCCCCUAAAGAAAAUGGAAUUAAAUUUGCUAUAUAAUUGCUUGUGCCUAUACAGAAAUAAAAUACUACACCAGAGCGCAUGAUUUGGCCCCAGAGGGUCAUAAUUUUUUUAAUUUUUUAUUUGUUGCUGUGGAUUGAUUUAAGUAUGCAAUUUGGGCUGUGCGUGGCAAAUAGCCUACCAAAUUGCUGAUUUGUUGAGUCUAAAACUCAAAUGGCUAUUGUUGAAAAGAGAAGACGGAAGAAAAUACUAAUCUGUCUCUAGAAUUUUCAACUCCGAAUUGGCACCAGCUGAGAGCAUCGGCCAUAUCCCCAUUGAGUGUGCAUAUUCACUAUCUUUAUCAUUGGAUCAGUACCACAGGAUAUUUUUUUUUUUUGUGGGGGCAAUAAUAGAUGGACGUCAUAUUGUACAAUUUGUCUCCCCUUUUAGUAGGCAUAAAUUAGAUGGUUGCAUUCAAGACAAGUUUGUUUUUACUGAACUGUUUGUCAGUGUCAGCAGAGCAGGCUACUAAUUUGUUAUAUUAAAAAGAUGUCCGGUCAUGUAAAGUGUAGUAGAAUUACAUUAAAUGUGUUUAUAAAAGGCCCCAAAAAAAAAAAUUCUGGUGCAAAGAAAGGAGAAGCAACGUCUCUGAUCAGUCCUAAUCUGUCACUAUUGUGCUCAGGCUGUUUCACACCCCCUAGGCUGCACUGUUCACAACUGUGUUUGCUAACUGAGUGAGUUAGAUUAUUAGCCUAAGUUAUGACUACGCCAUUGUAACCGGUGUGAAAUGGCUAGCUAGUUAGCGGUGCGCGCUAGUAGCGUUUCAAUCGGGUGACGUCACUCGCUCUGAGACCUUGAAGUAGUCGUUUCCCUUUGCUCUGCAAGGGCCGCUGCUUUUGUGGAGCCGACGGGUAACGGUGCUUUCGAGGGUGACUGUUGUCGAUGUGUGCAGAGGGUCCCUGGUUCAAGCCCAGGUUGGGGGCGAGGAGAGGGACGGAAGCAACGCUGAUACACCAUCUACUCAUCACAUUAGGAAUAGUAGCCUUUCUUGCAUUAGUCCUGCAAGUGCGACGAUAGAUCCACAUCAACGGGACUGCAGUAGAGAGAGAGACAGCGUUUUCUCGGCAUCCUCAUCACCAAGGACUUGUCAUGGACCAACACCACCACCCUUGUCAAGAGGGCGCGACAGCGUCUCUACUUCCGAAGGCGGCAGAAGAAGUUCAGCAUGCCGCCUCGGCUCCUCUCCAAAUACUACCGCUGCACCAUCUAGAGAAUAAUUGACCGGUUGCUUCACGGCCUGGUAUGGGUAUUUCUUAGUUCACAACCGCAAGUUCCCCCAGUGGGUGGGGAAGAUGGCCCAGUACAUCACUGGGACCGUGCUCCCAACCAUCCAGGACAUCACUGGGACCGUGCUCCCACCCAUCCAGGACAUCACUGGGACCGUGCUCCCACCCUUCCAGGAUAUCUACUUGAAGCAGUGCUUAAGGAAGUCCUGCAGCAUCAUCAAGGACCCCCCACCCCCCAGCCACGAGCUGUUCUCUCCCUUACUGUAGGGCAGACGGUACCGGAGCAUGAGGUCUGAUACCAACAGGCUCAGAAUAGCAGACAGUUUCUAUCUACAAAUCAUCAGACUGCUGAACACUUGAACUGGACUGACCAAAUGCUCUGAUUCUCCACAACUUGGCACACAGACACAUACAGUGGGGAGAACAAGUAUUUGAUACACUGCCAAUUUUGCAGGUUUUCCUACUUACAAAGCAUGUAGAGGUCUGUAAUUUUUAUCAUAGGUACACGUCAACUGUGAGAGACGGAAUCUAAAACAAAAAUCCAGAAAAUCACAUUGUAUGAUUUUUAAGUAAUGAAUUUGCAUUUUAUUGCAAAACGUGUAAAUAUUGGCACUAUAAAUUCUCCUCCUCUAUUAUAUUUAUGCUAAAAUGUUUAUUCUGUUCUAUUUACUUCAUGUUCGUAUUCUUAUAUUUUAUUAUUUCUUAUUGUUCUUGCAUUUCAUUGGACGAUGUAUACCAUGCUUAUCCCGUACAUACGACUAAUGAAACUAGAUGCAUGCAAUCCGUUAUUUUUAAAGCUGCAAUUUUAUUGUGAAAAGACUCUCAAUUUAUGAUCAGGUUGAGUAGUGUUUGACAUUGUAUAUGCCGUUCCACAGACCUUUUAAAACCUGAUAUUGAUCAUUAAUGGUCGUUCCACAGACCUUUUAAACCUGAUAUUGAUCAUUUAAUAGCCGUUCCACAGACCUUUUAAACCUGAUAGUGAUAAUUAAUGGCAGGGGUCAUUUUUUUUGUUGUUGCUGUUUUCUGAAUAGCAGUUUAGAGUUUUUAAAUGCAAUGUAGAAAAAAAAAUCGCUGACCGUAAUGAUAAAGAUGUCUGUGUUAGUCCACCAGGAUCGGCAUGUCGGUGAACGCUGUGAGGAAGCAGAGUUCAGAGGAAGAGGUCCAGACUCUGGCCAAGUCACUCAUCAAAUCCUGGAAGAAACUACUGGGUACGUCUGCUAUAGGUCUGCCUCGUACCACUGUCUGUCUGUCCUGCAGGUCUGCCUCGUACCACUGUCUGUCUGUCCUGCAGGUCUGCCUCGUACCACUGUCUGUCCUUCCUGCAGGUCUGCCUCGUACCACUGUCUGUCCUGCAGGUCUGCCUCGUACCACUGUCUGUCUGUCCUGCAGGUCUGCCUCGUACCACUGUCUGUCUGUCCUGCAGGUCUGCCUCGUACCACUGUCUGUCUGUCCUGCAGGUCUGCCUCGUACCACUGUCUGUCUGUCCUGCAGGUCUGCCUCGUACCACUGUCUGUCUGUCCUGCAGGUCUGCCUCGUACCACUGUCUGUCUGUCCUGCAGGUCUGCCUCGUACCACUGUCUGUCUGUCCUGCAGGUCUGCCUCGUACCACUGUCUGUCUGUCCUGCAGGUCUGCCUCGUACCACUGUCUGUCUGUCCUGCAGGUCUGCCUCGUACCACUGUCUGUCUGUCCUGCAGGUCUGCCUCGUACCACUGUCUGUACUGGACAGGUGCGAUCCACAUGUCUGCUCUAGAGAGACCGGGAUGGAAAAUUAUUAUAAUACAGACUUGUACAGUAAUGAAGAAGACUAAACAGAGAUAAACUAAAGAGAUAAACACCCGAAUGGGAAUAAUGAUGUGUUGUCUCUUCAGACGGUGCUGAGGGGAAGGCUGCGGAGGAGAAGAAGAAGGAGGGCUCUCCUCUGAGGUCAUCAUCGUCCAAGGACAGUCCUGGAUCCAGCGACAGGAGGUGAGACAUCGUGACAACCAAGUGUGUCAGGUACCAGAGGUAGUUCAGUGAAUAACCUUGUGUGAGCUCCCUGAUCUAAUGCCUAGGCUUUAGCUCAGUGGGCUAAUGUGGAGUCAUACAGUGCCUUGCAAAAGUAUUCAUCCCCCUUGGCGUUUUUUCCUAUUUUGUUGCGUUACAACCUGUAAUUUAAAUAGUUUUUUAUUUGGAUUUCAUGUAAUGGACAUACACAAAAUAGUCCACAUUGGUGAGGUGAAAUGAAAAAAAUAACUUGUUUCAAAGAAUUCAAAAAAAAUAAAUAACGGAAAAGGGGUGCGUGCAUAUGUAUUCACCCCCUUUGCUAUGAAGACCCUAAAUAAGAUCUGGUGCAACCAAUUACCUUCAGAAGUCACAUAAUUAGUUAGAUUGCACACAGGUGGACUUUAUUUAAGUGUCACAUGAUCUCAGUAUAUAUACACCUGUUCUGAAAGGCCCCAGAGUCUGCAACACCACUAAGCAAGGGGCACCACCAAGCAAGCGGCACCAUGAAGACCAAGGAGCUCUCCAAACAGGUCAGGGACAAAGUUGUGGAGAAGUACAGAUUAGGGUUGGGUUAUAAAAAAGAUCUGAAACUUUGAACAUCCCACGGAGCACCAUUUUAAAUCCAUUAUUAAAAAUGGAAAGAAUAUGGCACCACAACAAACCUGCCAAGAGAUGGCCACCCACCAAAACUCAGACCAGGCAAGGAGGGCAUUAAUCAGAGGCGCAAAGACAUCAACAAUAACCCUGAAGGAGCUGCAAAGCUCCACAGUGGAGAUUGGAGUAUCUGUCCAUAGGACCACUUUAAGCCGUACACUCCACAGAGCUGGGCUUUACGGAAGAGUGGCCUGAAAAAAGCCAUUGCUUGAAGAAAAAAAUAAGCAAACACGUUUGGUGUUCGCCAAAAGGCAUGUGGGAGACUCCCCAAACAUAUGGAAGAAGGUACUCUGGUUUGAGCUUUUUGGGCAUUAAGGAAAACGCUAUGUCUGGCGCAAACCCAACACCUCUCAUCACCCCGAGAACACCAUCCCCACAGUGAAGCAUGGUGGUGGCAGCAUCAUGCGGGGAUGUUUUUCAUCGGCAGGGACUGGGAAACUGGUCAGAAUUGAAGGAAUGAUGGAUGGCGCUAAAUACAGGGAAAUUCUUGAGGGAAACCUGUUUCAGUCUUCCAGAGAUUUGAGACUGGGACGGAGGUUCACCUUCCAGCAGGACAAUGACCCUAAGCAUACUGCUAAAGCAACACUCGAGUGGUUUAAGGGGAAACAUUUAAAGGUCUUGGAAUGGCCUAGUCAAAGCCCAGACCUCAAUCCAAUUAAGAAUCUGUGGUAUGACUUAAAGAUUGCUGUACAAUGGCUAGAUGUGCCAAGCUUAUAGAGACAUACCCCAAGAGACUUGCAGCUGUAAUUGCUGCAAAAGGUGGCUCUACAAAGUAUUGACUUUGGGGGGGGGGGGGGGGGGGGGGGGGGUGAAUAGUUAUGCACGCUCAAGUCUUCAGUUUUUUGUCUUAUUUCUUGUUUGUUUGACUAAAAAACAACAAAUAUUUUGCAUCUUCAAAGUGGUAGGCAUGUUGUGUAAAUCAAAUGAUACAAACCCCCCAAAAAAUCAAUUUUAAUUCCAGGUUGUAAAAAUGUCAAGGGGGUGGGAAUACUUUCGCAAGCCACUGAAUGUAGCAGAGGUGGUUCAAUGAACUACUCUUGGGUGAUGCGUAAUCUAGCUUGGGUCGGUAGAUGACAGGGGUUUGAUAGUCUCUCUCUCUCACACACACACACACACACACACACACACUGACAGGUGAACACUAGGGCUACACCACACAAGCUACAUCUCCCCCACGUCAUCAGAGCGCAACGUAUGUUGAACGCUGAACGAGAGACCUCUGUUUAUUGUGUUUGUAAAGUUGUGACAGUGUUUCCUUGCAAAGUUUGAUUGAUAUACUUUUUGAUUUUGGAUCCUGCGACGCGGUUAGCCUCAGUUUUCUGUGACCACUGCUAUCUGUCCCGGGAUCCUGCCAGACCAAAAAGUCUGAAGUUGUUUGCCGACGCUAGCUACUAGCCUAGCUGGUAGCUAUCAGUAUCAAACUAGCAGGGUUUUCCACGAACAGCUUGAACACAGCCUGCGACACGGUUAGCACUUGCGCUAACACUGCGAGCGCGGAGGUGUCCCACGCUAUUUGUGGCUGUAUUCCCUGCUGCUUUUUCCCUGCAACCUGACCUGGCUGGAACGGCGUUGUAUAGCUAACGUUAGCCGAUGCUAGACGUACGUGCAAAGACACUCCGCUUUCGUGCUCACCGCAGUGAGAGGAUUUAAAGGACCUUUAAAAGAUCUUUCUGCUUUUUUUGGAUUUUGUAAUUUGUUUUUUUCUGAGCUCUAUCUGUUCACUUAGUUGAGAAUUCCAUGUAAGGAGAGCGACAAAGAAGCCUAGCUGGCCGGCAGUCUCAAAUGGAUGUCGCAAUUGAACGUUUUCAAUGAUGCAGGAGCUGUAUAUUUCGCUUUAUUCCAGGACAAUGUGGACCGCCCGGACUUUCAAUGUAGCAACUGUUUGCCUGCAGAGGACUACAGGGGCGAAGUGGCUACUCUCAGCAAACAAGUAGCAAACCUACACAAGCUACUGGGGAAUCCACACCCGCCUACUUCUUCUUUCUCAUUUACCCCAGUAGCCGGACGCCGCUCUGGCCUGGUGGAAGUGUCGCCGCUGGUGUCUGCUCUCCACAGCCGACUGGCCGGUACUCUGCAGGGAUCCCUCCCCGAAGGGGUCUCCCCCUUCCCUGGAGAAUGGAGCUAGUAGGAUGCUCCUGGAUGACUUGGGGGAUGUUCCUGUUCUCGACCCUACCAACCAGCCAUGGAGAUAUGUCACUCGCUGUGGAGUUCUAAAACCGCGUCCUAUGGCAACGGGGGCCUCCUUGGAGAUGUUAAGACCGGACAUAGACCAGAAAUGGCUUUGCCGCCCUGGAUCCAGAGGUUCCGGUGCCUUCUUCCCUGGGGGCUUCCGAUUCGAGAUCAGAUCCGAGCUACCUGUGUCUUCUGUUCUGUCUCCCUCUCCGGUGGCUUCUAUUUCUGGUUCAGAUCCUCAUAGCUCCCACUCUCAUCAGACCGUGAGGCUGUCUGAGACUCCGGCCCAUUAAUCAUCCACGAAGGAUACUACAGCUGGCUUGGGUCCAUUGGUCCCCUCUGCCCUUCGGUCCUCAAGGGGUUUACGAAAACCUCUCGAGGUGAAAGAACGGCAGGACUUCCUCAGCCAUUGCACCAGCUGUCAUCAUCGGCAGUUCUAUUGUAAGAAACAUCUUGGUUCCCGGGCCAAAAACCCUGUGCUAUCCUGGAGCACGAGUACAGGACAUUACAAGGCUGCUUCCGACCAUUCUACGACAGAUGCCAGGCAGAUUCUAGCGGACAAUUAUUUCCAGUCCGGCACCAUAGUUGGGGCGCGGGUGUGAAAGAUUCAGCAGGCUACUGGUAUUGCACACCUGACACCUGGCUAAAAGAUUACUGUAGCUCUGUUGGAAUCACUUUUAUAGAGAACUUCGACACCUUCUGGAAACAGAAGCUGCUCUACAGGAAUGACAGAGUCCAUCCAUUGGCUCCUGGACUCUGUCCACGCAUUUCAGGGCUGCGUUGAGAUGUUGACUUAUCAAUGACCCAAGACCAGCUCAGUUAAUCCCUACCAUUGUGUCGCUGAGUUGUCAUAAUGCUGUAGCAAAUGUACAUUAUCCCAGGGGCGUUGGCAGACACAAUGUAAGUAACUUAAUUUAGGUCCCCCUAACUGCACUGAAUGCCUAUGUUGAUCCUACAGCUAUUGUAUGCAUUAAUCCUGUGCCUAUGAACCAGAGUUAUACUGUUAGCACUGAGGCGGUGUGCCCUUGUAGGAAGUCCACUGUUUGCAGCUUGCACAAUCGGCUGAAAUAUAAAGAACAUACUUCUGACAAGCUUCUCAGUAAAGCAAUAAAAACAAUCAGGCAUCCCAGAAAAGUGCUAAAAAUUGCCCACAUUAAUAAUACAGUACCAGUCAAAAGUUUGGGGACACCUACUCAUUCAAGGGUUUUUAUUUUUACUAUUUUUUACAUUGUAGAAUAAUAGUGAAGAUAUCAAAACUAUGAAAUAACACAUGAAAUAAUGUAGUAACCAAAAAAGUGUUGAACCUCAAAUAUUUUGAUUUGUUUUUCAAAUCACCCUUUGCCUUGAUGACAGCUUUGCACACUAGGCAUUCUCUCAACCAGCUUCACCUGGAAUGCUUUUCCAACAGUCUUGAAGGAGUUCCCACAUAUGCUGAGGACUUGUUGUCUGCUUUUCCUUCACUCUGCUGUCCAACUCAUCCCAAACCAACUCAAUUGGGUUGAGGUCGGGGGAUUGUGGAGGCCAGGUCAUCUGCAGCGCUCCAUCACAGUCCUUCUUGGUAAAAUUGCCCUUAAACAGCAAAACAAUUGAUAGUCCCACGAAGCCCAAACCAGAUGGGAUGGCGUAUUGCUGCAGAAUGCUGUGGUAGCCAUGCUGGUUAAGUGUGCCUUGAAUUCUAAAUAAAUCACAGACAGUGUCACCAGCAAAGCACCAUAACACCACCUCCUCCAGGCUUUACGAUGGGAACUACACAUGCGGAGAUCAUCCGUUCACCCACAGCGCGUCUCACAAAGACACAGCGGUUGGAACCAAAAAUCGUCAAUUUGGACUCCAGACCAAAGGACAAAUGUCCACCAGUCUAAUGUCGAUUGCUCGUGUUUCUUGGCUCAAGCAGAUCUCUUCUUCUUAUUGGUGUCCGUUAGUUGUGGUUUCUUUGCAGCAAUUCGACCAUGAAGGCCUGAUUCGCACAGUCCCCACUGAACAGUUGAUGUUGAGAUGUGUCUGUGUCUUGAACUCUGUGAAGCAGUUAUUUGGGCUGCAAUUUCUGAGGCUGGUAACUCUAAUGAACUUAUCCUCUGCAGCAGAGGUAACUCUGGGUCUUCCAUUCCUGUGGCGGUCCUCAUGAGAGUCAGUUUUCAUCAUAGCGCUUGAUGGUUUUUGCAACUGCACUUGAAGAAACUUUCAAAGUUCUUAAUGUUCCAUAUUGACUGACCUUCAUGUCUUAACGUAAUGAUGGACUGUUGUUUCUCUUUGCUUAUUUGAGCUGUUCUUACCAUAAUAUGGACUAGGUUUUUUACCAAAUAGGGCUAUCUUCUGUAUACCCCCCUACCAACACAACUGAUUGGCUGAAACACAUUAAGAAGGAAAGAAAUUCCACAAAUGAACUUUUAAGAAGGCACACCUGUUAAUUGAAAUGCAUUCCAGGUGAUUUGUUUAACACUUUCUUUAGUUACUACAUGAUUCCAUAUGUGUUAUUUCAUCGUUUUGAUGUCUUCACUAUUAUUCUACAAUGUAAAAAUAAAGAAAAACCCUGGAAUGAGUAGGUGUGUCCAAAUUUUUGACUGGUACUGUAUGUCACCGGGGGCUUGUUUCUAAAACUUUUGACUGGUAGUGUACAUAUAACUGGUACUUUCUGUAGCCUAAGAAACAAGGUUCAUGAAGUCAAUAACUUGCUAGUAACAGAUGACAUUCAUGUUCUGACUAUCUCUGAAACUCUCUUAGAUAAUACCUUUUGAUACAGUGGUAGCAAUACAUGGUUAUGACAUCUACAGAAAAGACAGAAAUGUCAAUGCGGUCUAUAUUCAGAACCACAUUCCUGUAAAGCUUAAAGAAGAUCUCAUGUUAAAUACUGUUUUAGUAAUAUAGCUACAGGUUCAUCUGCCUCACCUAACGCCCAUUCUUGUGGGAAGCUGCUAUAGACCACAAAAGUGCUAACAGUCAGUAUCUGGAUAACGUGUGAAAUGCUUGAUAAUGUAUAUGAUAUCAACAGAGGUAUAUUUUCUGGUUGACCUCAAUAUUGACUGGCUUUCACGAAGCUGCCCACUCAAGAAAAAGCUCCAAACUGUAACCAGUGCCUGCAACCUGGUUCAGGUUAUCAGUCAACCUAUCACGGUAGUUACAAAUGGCACAGGAAUGAAAUCCUCAAAAUGUAUUGAUCACAUCUUUACUAAUGCUGCAGUAAUGUUUUUUAAAGCACUAUCCAAAUCCAUUGGAUGUAGUGAUCACAAUAUAGUAGCCAUAUCUAGGAAAACCAAAGUUCCAAAGGCUGGGCCUAGUAUGGUGUACAAUAGGUUUUGUAUUGAUUCUUAUGUUGAUGUAAAUAUUAUAUGUUGGUCCGUGGUGUGUAAUGAGGAGCAACCAGAUGCUGCACUUGACACAUUUUAUGAAAUGUCUUAUUCCAGUUACUAAUAAUCAUGCACCCAUUUUAAGAAAACGACUGGUAAAAAUGGUUAAAUCCCCUUUGGAUUGAUGAGGAAUUGAAAAAUGGUAUGUUUGCAAGGAAUGAGGCAAAAGGGAUGGCAAAUAAGUCUGGCAGCACAACCCGCUUGCAAACGUACUGCAAAUUGAGAUCAUGUGACUAAACUGAAUAAAAACAAGAAACCUAUACUAUGAAACAAAGAUGAAUGAUAGUAAAAAGCUUAAAUACAAUUUUGGGCAAAAAGGCAAACUCGGCUCUGUCAUUCAUUGAAUCAGAUGGCUCAUUCAUCACGCAACCCACUGAUAUUGCCAACUACUUUAAUGAUUUUUUCAUUGGCAAGAUUAGGCAUGACAUACCAGCCACAAAAUGCCGACACUACACAUCCAAGUAUAUUUUACCAAAUUAGUUAAGACAAGCAUUUUUUACUUUACCAAAUUAGUUAAGACAAGCAUUUUCAAUUAUGUGUAGUGAGUGUGGAAGAGGUGAAAAAAUUGUCUAUCAAUAAUGACAAGCCACCGGGGUCUGACAACUUGGAUGGAAAAUGACUGAGGAUAAUAGAGGACGAUAUUGCCACUCCUAUUUGCCUUAUCUUCCAUUUAAGCCUCCUAGAAAGUGUGUGCCCCCAGGCUUGGAGGGAAGCAAAAGUCAUUCCGCUACUUAAGAAUAGAAAAGCCCCCUUUUUACUGGCUCAAAUAGCCAACCAAUCAGGCUCUUAGUAAACUUUUGGAAAAAAUAGUGUUUGACCAGAUACAAUGCUAUUUUACAGUAAACAAAUUGACAACAGGCUUUCAGCACGCUUAUAGGGAAGGACAUUCAACAAGCACAGCACUUACACAAAUUACUGAUUGGCUGAGAGAAAUUGAUGGGGGCUUUUCUAUUUAGACUUCAGUGCGGCUUUUGACAUUAAUCAUAGUCUGCUGAUGGAAAAACUUGUUGUGGCUUUACACCCCCUUCUAUAUUGUGGAUAAAGAGUUGCCUGUCUAACAGAAAACAAAGGGUGUUCUUUUAAUGGAAGCCUCUCCAACAUAAUCCAGGUAGAAUCAGGAAUUCCCCAGGGCAGCUGUCUAGACCCCUUACUUUAAAAAAUCUUUACUAAUGACACUUACUAAUGCGUAAAGCCAGUGUGUCUGUAUGCGGAUUACUCGACACUAGACACGUCUGCUACUACAGCGACUGAAAUUACUGCAACACUUAACAAAGAGCUGCAGUUAGUUCAGAAUGCAUGGCAAGGAAUAAUUUUGUGCUAAAUAUUUCAAAAACUAAAAGCAUUGUAUUCAGGACAAAUCAUUCACUAAACCCUAAACCUCAACUAAAUCUUGUAAUAAAUAAUGUGGAAGUUGAGGUGACUAAACUGCUUCGAGUAACCCUGGAUUGUAAACUGUCAUGGUCAAAAACAUGUUGAUACAACAGUAGCUAAGCUGGGGAUAAUAGUCUGCCAUAAUAAAGCGCUGCUCUGUGUUCUUAACAAGGCAGAUCCUACAGGCUCUAGUUUUGUCACACCUGGACUACUGUUCAGUCGUGUGGUCAGGUGCCACAAAGAGGGACUUAGGAAAAUUACAAUUGUCUCAGAACAGGGCAGCGCGGCUGGCCCUUGGAUGUAAAAUGGGAGCUAACAUUUAAUGAUAUGCAUGUAAAUCUCUGAUGACUAAAGUGGAGGAGAGAUUGACUUCAUCACUACUUGUUUUUGUAAGAAGUGUUGACAAGCUGAAUGCACCGAGCUGUCUGUUUAAACUACUAGCACACAGCUCGGACACCCAUGCAUACCCCACAAGACAUGCCACCAGAGGUCUCUUUACAGUCCCAAAGUCCAGAACAGACUAUGGGAGGCGCACAGUACUACAUAGAGCCAUGACUACAUGGAACUCUAUUCCACAUCAGGUAACUGAUGCAAGCAGUAGAAUCAGAUUUUAAAAAACAGAAAAAUACACCUUAUGGAACAGCAGGGACUGUGAAGAGACAUGCACACAAACGCUAGCACACUCGUUCAUUGUAAUAUUGUUGUAUGGUGGUAUUAUACAUUUUGUAUUGUAGAUAUGUAGUGGUGUAAUAAUGUUAUAUGAUGUACUGUUUAUCUUUUGUUUUAUGUGUAAUGUAAUUGCCUUAAUGUGUUUGGACACCAGGAAGAGUAGCUGCUGCCUUGGCAGGAACUAAUGGGGAUCCAUAAUAAACCCCUGGAAGAGUAGCUGCUGCCUUGGCAGGAACUAAUGGGGAUCCUUAAUAAAUAAAAUACAAAGUACACACACUGAUGUUACUGUUUAGAAUAAAUGGAAGGAUCAGUGUGACUCCUAACAUGUAACAUUUUUCUUCUCGCUGUCACCCUCUUAUCUACCCUAGCAAGAAACUGCCUGAGCCCCCUACGACCCCCACCACCCCUACGACCCCCACCACUCCAAAGUUCACCUCCUUCCCCCCCGUGCCCGUCACCACUGACAGCGUACGCACCAAGUGCCGAGAGCUGCUGGUGGCUGCCCUGCAGACCGACGGUGAGACACUCUACCAAGAUGGCUGCCAUUAUCAGCACAUUCUACAGCUGUAUAGGUUGAUGACUUCAGCAACUCUAGUAUUAUACGUCUCUGGGUGAGACGUAGCCCAAUCACAGAGGGAUCUAAGAUAUGGGGUGGCUGGAGGGCCAUUUUAAAAUGCAUUAUUUUGACGUUUAAUUUGUAUAUUUUUUUAACUAAUGACCACUCUGUUUGAUACGUUAGAUGACCACAAGACCAUUGGAGCAGACACUGAAAACUUGGCUGCUCAGAUUGAGGACUAUAUCCUUUCACCCGUAUGCUUGUUGCUGUCCGUUUCUGGUGGUGAGGACCAGACAAAUGUGUGGUUUGGUGUUUCUGGUGGUGUGGUGAGGACCAGACAGAUGUUUGGUGGUGUGGUGAGGACCAGACAGAUGUUUGGUGUUUCUGGUGGUGUGGUGAGGACCAGACGACAGACGUGGAUAUCAAGGUUUCUGGAUGUGGAUUGUCUUUUUUAUAGACGGACUCUGCAUGUCUAAGAGCGUCUUACUGUGUGCGGUGUUCUCCUUCACUUCCCCGCUCCACGUAUCUACCAGGAGUUUAAGUCUACAGACCAGAAGUACAAGUCCAGGCUGAGGAGCCGUAUCUCCAACCUGAAGGACCAGAAGAACCCAGACCUCCGACGAAACGUCCUCGCUGGAAACAUCUCCGCUGACCGCAUCGCUAACAUGGCUGCUGAGGUACAUAGGGGUCUGUGUGUGUGUGGGGGGGGGUCUGUGGGGGUCUGUGGGGGUCUGUGUGUGUGUGUGUGUGUGUCUUUGUGUGGGGGGGUGUGUCUGUGAGUUUCAUGUUUUGGCAGUGAACCUCUUAGAGUUGAAAUAUGUCCUAAGGUUGAGUCUAAAAUAACAUUUUUGCGUACACUUCACAUCUGACACUGAGACACUUCUGUAAGGUCAAUUCUUUCACAAUUCUCUGUUUGACCCACCAGGAGAUGGCGAGUGCAGAGCUGAAGGAGAUGAGGAAGGCUUUGACCAAGGACGCCAUCCGAGAGCACCAGCUGUCCAAAGUGGGCGGGACAGAGACGGACAUGUUUCAAUGUGGCAAAUGCAGGGGCAAGAACUGCACCUAUACACAGGUACAGACGUAGUGAACUGCACCUCUACACAGGUACAGACGUAGUGAACUGCACCUCUACACAGGUACAGACGUAGUGAACUGCACCUCUACACAGGUACUGACGUAGUGAACUGCACCUCUACACAGGUACUGACGUAGUGAACUGCACCUCUACACAGGUACUGACGUAGUGAACUGGACCUGUGUAACCAGCGUCACGGAGUGCAGCCUAACAGUACAGCUUCCUCAUGUCCUUAUCAGUACUUGAUCUCCUGUCCUCUGUCUCGCCAACACACGUGAUCGCCUGCUGUAUAACGUACUAGCAAGUCGCACCACAUAAAUGCUAACGCCAGUGGAAAUAUUUCAAGCUGUGGGGUGAGCCUACGACGGUACGACGUUAACUUCAUUACACCAACACACAGGUCAACACGUGUAGUCGGUUCAGUAUAGCACACCUGGGGUAAAAUCACAGAAAAUAACAUGCUUCUACAGGUUAGAACAGUGUGUGUGGGUACGUGCUUCUACAGGUGAGAACAGUGUGUGUGGGUACGUGCUUCUACAGGUGAGAACAGUGUGUGUGGGUACGUGCUUCUACAGGUGAGAACAGUGUGUGUGGGUACAUGCUUCUACAGGUGAGAACAGUGUGUGUGGGUACGUGCUUCUACAGGUGAGAACAGUGUGUGUGGGUACGUCCGUGUUGUGGUCUCUCCUUGCUCCUGUAUGUGUGGCUCGUUGUAAAUAUGCGCCGUCUCUCCCUGUGUGUUGUAGGUGCAAACGCGCAGUGCUGAUGAGCCCAUGACCACCUUUGUACUGUGCAACGGCUGUGGCAACCGCUGGAAGGUAGGCUGUGUAUCCAUUUCACUCUGUCUGGGUCUAGUACAGACCUGGGAUCAUUUAGUUUUAUCUAUGCUUAAUUUGAAUAUCAAAAUAAAAUAGUUGCCUUUUUUUUAGUUAACUCUUUAUCAGCUAUAUUAGACUACCUCAAGUAUUUUGAAGUUUUUUAAAUAAACUACAAAAUAACAUUAUUUUCUGCACAGGUCUGAUACCCUGUUCCCAAGCUUUGUAGGCAGUUCUUAAAUGAUUGGAACGGUUUGGUUGGAUUGGUUUGGUUGGAGUGUUCCCAUUACUGCUUCUGCCCAUCCAGUCCUGUCAGAUCUGCAGGCAUGUGUAUAGGGGUAGAGACCAGAGGUUACCUAACCCUGACUUGGUGUGAGAUGUAAAUAAGGGUUAGAAGUAGUGUGGUCCUCUGUAGCUCAGCUGGUAGAGCACGGCGCUUGUAACGCCAGGGUAGUGGGUUCGAUCCCCGGGACCACCCAUACACAAAAAUGUAUGCACGCAUGACUGUAAGUCGCUUUGGAUAAAAGUGUCUGCUAAAUGGCAUAUUAAUUAAUAUUAAAGUAGGGGAAGUGGAAACAUGGUGCUUAUUAUGGCUUGGCUGCUCAGUACUCGUGCAGUACCCCCUUGUCACCACAAGAUGGCAGCAGACAUUGUCAAGCAGUGCUGACUUUACUGGUGCUACUGUUGUUGUAACCAUCCAGACUUCUAAUGAUGUUAUACAUUCUCUCACAUCAAGAUAAUUCAACACACCUACCGGCCACUUUUUGUUUUGUUUUGUUGUUGUCAUGUAUACUCACAAUCUAGUCAUUUAGCACUCUUAUUCAGAGUGACUUCAAUCAGUGCAUUCAACUAAAGUAAAUCAACCACAUCCCAUGAUCAUUGCAAGUAAAACAUUUUAAUAAAAACCUUCUCUCUCCCUCCUCCCCAGUUCUGUUGAGAUGAUAUUCUGGAUUUGCUACAAGAAGAGCUGACAUGGAUAACGAAGUCAACCGGGACCUAUUUUGUUACGACUGCAGACUGUUUUUCCUUUGUUGUUUUUGAUACUUUUUCUUCUUUUUUUUUUUUUUUAAAUCUUUUUUUAAACAUUAACUCAUAAAUCUGGAUAAAAUGUUUUGACAUUUAGUAGCAUUUAAUUUUCAUAUCCUUUUCUCUGUCUAUUAUAUGGAGCUAGUCUGGGUGCCUUUUGUGUUUCUGCUUGCCCACAACCUCUUAUGGAAUGUCAUGCUUGGCUUGAUAACGAGUUGGCAAGAGCACAAACCGUUCUGGGACCAUGCUGAAGUUGAACACUUACUCUUAAAACAACGUUUUUGGUUUGCUGUUUAUUAGUUGAAGCUAUAUCUUACUUUAAAACUUUUUUUUUUUCUUUCUUUGCAUUAGGGAACAUAGGUGUGCCUUAAUUUGCCCCUCUGUGCCACAAAAUAAUUAUUUUACUGUUAGUUUUAUACACUUGCUGUAUAGAGUAUAUACACUCUUAGGGAAAGUCCCAAAAGUCCCAAAUGGCACCCUAUUCCCUAAGUAGUGCACUAAAAAGAGAAUAAGGUGCUAUUUGGGACGCAUACUUGCUGUAUAUAAAACAAGCCUUUUUUUUGUUGAAAAUGUGCUUGGGAGUUAUUCUGAAUCUACAUGCAUGCAUACAUACAUGCUACACAGGUUCUUAUAGUUCCAUUUAGGUUUUGAUUAUUCCGUAAACAAACGAGAGAAACCAGAGGAUUUGCUAGAAGAUGUAGAGAUUGGAGGAGCAGCGUGCGUAAGGGAUGAGGAGGACGGGUUGUUCUCUGCUGAACGUUACUAAAGGGUUAGCGGGGAGAAAUAGCCUGACGUCACUAUCGAGUUCGCAACACAUCUCCGUUUGUUGAAACCAAUUUUUAUAAAAUGUAGGUUGGAUUUCAGACAUGCUGGAGUGAAGAGCCUCCUGACGAACUAUCGACUGGUUUGAAAAGUUUUAUCAUGCAAGUGAUUUAUUUUGUAUGUAAACGUUUGUCCUCCCAACGGGAACUUGUGUCAAUUUAAUUAAAAACUGAUCUAAGGAGUGUGGAAAGAGUCUGGGGGAUCCUGGUGAGUUCUUGUUGACACUUUUUAAACACUCUCAACCCCGAGCCACGCUCAGUUCAGUAGCCGAACAUUGUUUAAUGUUGGAAAAUACAGAUGUCAUGAAUAGAGCAGACGUGAUCCUUGGUGUACAUGUAAGAGGCAUGUUUGUUCUACGUAUCAUAAUUAUAUCUGAACGUUCCACAACACGUCCUGCUGAACGCGCCCCCUAUGAACAGCAGGUGAAAGACCCAAGAAAGUUCUAUCUGCAUUACAGAAUGUUUGCUGUGGAAAAGCCCAAAGAGGAAGCCAAUUUCAUCUGACUUUAUACCCUCAUAUAAAAUAUUUGUGAGUACUAGAUACAGUGGGGAAAAAAAGUAUUUAGUCAGCCACCAAUUGUGCAAGUUCUCCCACUUAAAAAGAUGAGAGAGGCCUGUAAUUUUCAUCAUAGGUACACGUCAACUAUGACGGACAAAUUGAGAUUUUUUUUCUCCAGAAAAUCACAUUGUAGGAUUUUUUAUGAAUUUAUUUGCAAAUUAUGGUGGAAAAUAAGUAUUUGGUCACCUACAAACAAGCAAGAUUUCUGGCUCUCACAGACCUGUAACUUCUUCUUUAAGAGGCUCCUCUGUCCUCCACUCGUUACCUGUAUUAAUGGCACCUGUUUGAACUUGUUAUCAGUAUAAAAGACACCUGUCCACAACCUCAAACAGUCACACUCCAAACUCCACUAUGGCCAAGACCAAAGAGCUGUCAAAGGACACCAGAAACAAAAUUGUAGACCUGCACCAGGCUGGGAAGACUGAAUCUGCAAUAGGUAAGCAGCUUGGUUUGAAGAAAUCAACUGUGGGAGCAUUUAUUAGGAAAUGGAAGACAUACAAGACCACUGAUAAUCUCCCUCGAUCUGGGGCUCCACGCAAGAUCUCACCCCGUGGGGUCAAAAUGAUCACAAGAAUGGUGAGCAAAAAUCCCAGAACCACACGGGGGGACCUAGUGAAUGACCUGCAGAGAGCUAGGACCAAAAUAACAAAGUCCACCAUCAGUAACACACUACGCCGCCAGGGACUCAAAUCCUGCAGUGCCAGACGUGUCCCCCUGCUUAAGCCAGUACAUGUCCAGGCCCGUCUGAAGUUUGCUAGAGUGCAUUUGGAUGAUCCAGAAGAGGAUUGGGAGAAUGUCAUAUUGUCAGAUGAAACCAAAAUAGAACAUUUUGGUAAAAACUCAACUCGUCGUGUUUGGAGGACAAAUAAUGCCGAGUUGCAUCCAAAGAACACCAUACCUACUGUGAAGCAUGGGGGUGGAAACAUCAUGCUUUGGGGCUGUUUUUCUGCAAAGGGACCAGGACGACUGAUCCGUGUAAAGGAAAGAAUGAAUGGGGCCAUGUAUCGUGAGAUUUUGAGUGAAAACCUCCUUCCAUCAGCAAGGGCAUUGAAGAUGAAACGUGGUUGGGUCAUUCAGCAUGACAAUGAACCCAAACACACCGCCCGGGCAACAAAGGAGUGGCUUCGUAAGAAGCAUUUCAAGGUCCUGGAGUGGCCUAGCCAGUCUCCAGAUCUCAACCCCAUAGAAAAUCUUUGGAGGGAGUUGAAAGUCCGUGUUGCCCAGCGACAGCCCCAAAACAUCACUGCUCUAGAGGAGAUCUGCAUGGAGGAAUGAGCCAAAAUACCAGCAACAGUGUGUGAAAACCUUGUGAAGACUUACAGAAAACGUUUGACCUGUGUCAUUGCCAACAAAGGGUAUAAAACAAAGUAUUGAGAAACUUUUGUUAUUGACCAAAUUCUUAUUUUCCACCAUAAUAUGCAAAUAAAUUCAUUAAAAAUCCUACAAUGUGAUUUUCUGGAAUUUUUUUUCUCAUUUUGUCUUUCAUAGUUGACGUGUACCUAUGAUGAAAAUUACAGGCCUCUCUCAUCUUUUUAAGUGGGAGAACUUGCACAAUUGGUGGCUGACUAAAUACUUUUUUCCCCCACUGUAUCUGCAAUUAACUUAAUCAUAGAAAAUACACCUUCCAAAAGUUUAUGUAUAUUUCCCAUCACCUCCCACUGGAUCAACUGAAAGUUUGCUGUUGGAAAAACCCAGUGGUGUAAAGUACUGAAGUAAAAAUACUUUAAAUUACUACUUAAGUAGUUUUUUAGGGUGUCUGUACUUUAGUAUUUAUAUUUGACUACUUUUACUUCACUACGUUCCUAAAGAAAAUGUACUUUUUACUCCAUACAUUUUCCCUGACACGUAAAAGUAUUUGUUACAUUUUGAAAGCUUAGCAUGCCAGGAAUAUGGUCCAAUUCAUGCACUUAUCAAGAGAACAUCCUUCAUCUCUAAUGCCUCUGAUCUGACGGACUGCCUCUCAUCUGACAUACUCACUAAACACACAUGCUUCGUUUGUAAAUGAUGUCUGAGUGUUGAGGAGUGUGCCCCUGGCUAUCCAUAUAUAAUACAAAUAAAAAAUGGUACCGUCUGGUUUGGGAAUUUGAAAUUAUUUAUACUUUAGAUACUUAAGUAUAUUUUAUCAAUUACAUUUACUUUUAUACCAAAGUAUAUUUAAAACCAAAUACUUUUAGACUCUUAAUCAAGUAGCAUUUUACUGGGUGACUUUUACUUGAGUCAUUUUCUAUUAAGGUAUCUUAACCUUUACUCAAGUAUGACAAUUGGGUACUUUUUCCACCACUGGAAAAACCCAACAGAGGAACAAACCACUAGCCAAUUCACCUGCCUUGUUAUCCAUGACAUCUCAGCUCCUUUGCAUGACACUUACUAGGUACUCCUAAAAGUCAAACUGCUGUACAUUUACGUCAUUUAGCAGACGCUCUUAUCCAGAGCGACUUACAGUUAGUGAGUGCAUACAUUAUAAUUUUUUAUUUUGCAUACUGGCCCCCCGUGGGAAUCGAACCCACAACCCUGGCGUUGCAAACACCAUGCUGUACCAACUGAGCUACAUCCCUGCCGGCCAUUUUCUCCCCUACCCUGGACAACUGUGCGCCGCCCUAUGGGUCUCCCGGUCACGGCCAGCUACGACAGAGCCUGGAUUUGAACCAGGAUCUAGUGGCACAGCUAGCACUGCAAUGCAGUGCCUUAGACUACUGCGCCACUCGGGAGAACACUGUAGUGAGAACUCUGUAGACCUUCUCAUUGAUGCAAACUAACUGUAAUUAACCUAUAAACAUCUAUAAAUUACCAAACGUUGUAGUUCCGUACCUCUGAGAUCAUUAUGAGGUAGUCCUACCAUAAUUUAAUGGUACAGAGCCACCUCUCCUCGGCCGACACGGGGGGGGGGGGGGGGGGGGGGGGGGGGCCUGUUCACAAUGUAGGAAACAGACCAAAACGGUUUGAAAAGACUGUGAGGUGGCCUAAUCCUCUACGCUCGUUUCUGUUCUCCAUUGCAAAACAUUUGCUGCUGUGCAUAUGACCCCGACUCAGGUCUGCUCUGGUCAGAUUGAACCCCGACUCCAGGUCUAGCUCUGUCAGAGUGACCUAACUCUCAGUCUAGCGUCCUGGUUCAGAGUGACCCCGACUCCAGGUAUAGCGUCCUGGUCAGAGUGACCCCGACUCCAGGUCUAGCGUCCUGGUCAGAGUGACCCCGACUCCAGGUCUAGCGUCCUGGUCAGAGUGACCCCGACUCCAGGUCUAGCGUCCUGGUCAGAGUGACCCCGACUCCAGGUCUAGCGUCCUGGUCAGAGUGACCCCGACUCCAGGUCUAGCGUCCUGGUCAGAGUGACCCCGACUCCAGGUCUAGCGUCCUGGUCAGAGUGCACAGUGCUGGUGUUUUGUGGAGCUCUGUGUUUAUUUCGGCAAUAGCAGGUUAUUUCCAUCCGUGUGAAUCCAGAGUGGGACCAGAUCAGCCUGUCAAAUCCCUCUCUGGUCUGACAGACACACAGAGGCACCAGAUCAGCCUGUCAAAUCCCUCCCUGGUCUGACAGACACACAGAGGCACCAGAUCAGCCUGUCAAAUCCCUCUCUGGUCUGACAGACACACAGAGGCACCAGAUCAGCCUGUCAAAUCCCUCUCUGGUCUGACAGACACACAGAGGCACCAGAUCAGCCUGUCAAAUCCCUCUCUGGUCUGACAGACACACAGAGGCACCAGAUCGGCCUGUCAAAUCACUCUCUGGUCUGGCAGACACACAGAGGCACCAGAUCGGCCUGUCAAAACCCUCUCUGGUCUGACAGACACACAGAGGCACGCGCUGAGUUACGUCUAAAGAGCUGCAAGACUAGAUGCUUAAUUUCUGUAGUCUGAUUAGGGUUCAGUGGAAAUAUUCAGGCAGCCCCUGUCUUAUAGUCCCCGUGUAGCUCAGUCGGUAGAGCGUGGCGCUUGCAACGCCAGGGUUGUGGGUUUGUUUCCCACGGGGGGGGGGGGGGGGGCCAGUAUGAAAAAUUUAUGCACUCACUAACUGUAAGUCGCUCUGGAUAAGAGCGUCUGCUAAAUGACUAAAAAUGUCAAAUGUCUCUGUGGUGAAGUAUUCAGCCUAUUUCUCUCUCUGGCUGGUAACAUAUUAACCCCCUCUCUCUGGUUGGUAACAUAUUAACCCCCUCUCUCUGGAUGGUAACAUAUUAACCCCCUCUCUCUGGUUGGUAACAUAUUAACCCCCUCUCUCUGGAUGGUAACAUCUUAACCCCCUCUCUCUGGUUGGUAACAUCUUAACCCCCUCUCUCUGGUUGGUAACAUGUUAACCCCCUCUCUCUGGAUGGUAACAUAUUAACCCCCUCUCUCUGGUUGGUAACAUAUUAACCCCCUCUCUCUGGAUGGUAACAUCUUAACCCCCUCUCUCUGGAUAGUAACAUGUUAACCCCCUCUCUCUGGAUGGUAACAUAUUAACCCCCUCGCUCUGGAUGGUAACAUAUUAACCCCCUCUCUCUGGUUGGUAACAUCUUAACCCCCUCUCUCUGGAUGGUAACAUAUUAACCCCCUCUCUCUGGUUGGUAACAUCUUAACCCCCUCUCUCUGGAUGGUAACAUAUUAACCCCCUCUCUCUGGUUGGUAACAUCUUAACCCCCUCUCUCUGGAUGGUAACAUAUUAACCCCCUCUCUCUGGUUGGUAACAUCUUAACCCCCUCUCUCUGGAUGGUAACAUAUUAACCCCCUCUCUCUGGAUGGUAACAUCUUAACCCCCUCUCUCUGGACACAUAUUCCCACAUCUCUUUCUGGUGACAACAUUGAGCAUUUAUGUUGAGGUCACAACUGAAGCCGAGGUCUGUAUAUUCAGCCCCUCUCUCUGCAUGGUGGCCUAUCCAGCCCCUCGCUCUCCGUCUGUCUCCCUCAGCCCCUCUCUCCCUCAGCCCCUCUCUCUGUCUCUGUCUCCCUCAGCCCCUCUCUCUCUCUCAGCCCCUCUCUCCCUCAGCCCCUCUCUCUGCAUGGUGGCCUAUUCAGCCCCUCUCUCUGCAUGGUGGCCUAUUCAGCCCCUCUCUCUGCAUGGUGGCCUAUUCAGCCCCUCUCUCUGCAUGGUGGCCUAUUCAGCCCCUCUCUCUGCAUGGUGGCCUAUUCAGCCCCUCUCUCUGCAUGGUGGCCUAUUCAGCCCCUCGCUCUCCGUCUGUCUCCCUCAGCCCCUCUCUCCCUCAGCCCCUCUCUCUGUCUCUGUCUCCCUCAGCCCCUCUCUCUCUCUCAGCCCCUCUCUCCCUCAGCCCCUCGCUCUGCAUGGUGGCCUAUUCAGCCCCUCUCUCUGCAUGGUGGCCUAUUCAGCCCCUCUCUCUGCAUGGUGGCCUAUUCAGCCCCUCUCUCUGCAUGGUGGCCUAUUCAGCCCCUCGCUCUGCAUGGUGGCCUAUUCAGCCCCUCUCUCUGCAUGGUGGCCUAUUCAGCCCCUCGCUCUGCAUGGUGGCCUAUUCAGCCCCUCUCUCUGCAUGGUGGCCUAUUCAGCCCCUCACUCUCUGCAUGGUGGCCUAUUCAGCCCCUCGCUCUGCAUGGUGGCCUAUUCAGCCCCUCUCUCUGCAUGGUGGCCUAUUCAGCCCCUCUCUCUGCAUGGUGGCCUAUUCAGCCCCUCUCUCUGCAUGGUGGCCUAUUCAGCCCCUCUCUCUGCAUGGUGGCCUAUUCAGCCCCUCUCUCUGCAUGGUGGCCUAUUCAGCCCCUCUCUCUCUGCAUGGUGGCCUAUUCAGCCCCUCUCUCUGCAUGGUGGCCUAUUCAGCCCCUCUCUCUGCAUGGUGGCCUAUUCAGCCCCUCUCUCUGCAUGGUGGCCUAUUCAGCCCCUCUCUCUGCAUGGUGGCCUAUUCAGCCCCUCUCUCUGCAUGGUGGCCUAUUCAGCACCUCUCUCUGCAUGGUGGCCUAUUCAGCCCCUCUCUCUCCAUCUAUCUCCCUCAGCCCCUCUCUCCCUCAGCCCCUCUCUCUGCAUGGUGACAUAUCCAGCCCCUCUCUCUGUCUCUGUCUCCCUCAGCCCCUCUCUCCCUCAGCACGGUGACAUAUCCAGUCCCUCUCUCUGUCUCUGUCUCCCUCAGCCCCUCUCUCCCUCAGCCCCUCUCUCGCUCAGCCCCUCUCUCGCUCAGCCCCUCUCUCCCUCAGCCCCUCUCUCUGCACGGUGACAUAUCCAGCCCCUCUCGCUCUCUCAGCCCCUCUCUCGCUCAGCCCCUCUCUCCCUCAGCUCCUCUCUCUGCAUGGUGACAUAUCCAGCCCCUCUCUCUGUCUCUGUCUCCCUCAGCCCCUCUCUCCCUCAGCCCCUCUCUCGCUCAGCCCCUCUCUCCCUCAGCCCCUCUCUCUGCAUGGUGACAUAUCCAGCCCCCCUCUCUCUCUCAGCCCCUCUCUCGCUCAGCCCCUCUCUCCCUCAGCCCCUCUCUCUGCAUGGUGACAUAUCCAGCCCCUCUCUCUGUCUCUGUCUCCCGCCGUCUCUCUCUCCCUCAGCCCCUCUCUCCCUCUCUCUCUUGUGACAGGCAGCCUCUAUAUGUUGAGGUCACUACUGAAGAUGAGGCCCAUGUUGUAGUGUACUGUUUGUUGAGGUCACUACUGAAUAUGAGGUCCAUGUUGAAGUGUACUGUACAUUAAGGAACAUCCAUGUCUAAUUAUGUCCAGAGAACAUUAUGGCUGAAGACAUGAUGAGGAAAUUACCGGUGGGUCACGUUCAUUAGAGCAUUCAAUGACGAAACACUUUAAAAACAGCUCAGAGCAGAAUUACAGUUUUAAUCAUAGUUUUACGGUAACAUUAUAGAUAUGUGAGGGUUGACUCCUGUCCUGUCCAGCCGGUCCCUCUAGCAUCCAACAGAUGGGUUGACUCCUGUCCAGCCUGUCCUCCUGUCCAGCCUGUCCUCCUGUCCAGCCUGUCCUCCUGUCCAGCCUGUCCUCCUGUCCAGCCUGUCCUCCUGUCCAGCUUGUCCUCUUGUCCAGCCUGUCCUCCUGUCCAGCCUGUCCUCCUGUCCAGCCUGUCCUCUUGUCCAGCCUGUCCUCCUGUCCAGCCUGUCCUCCUGUCCAGCCUGUCCUCUUGUCCAGCCUGUCCUCCUGUCCAGCCUGUCCUCCUGUCCAGCCUGUCCUCCUGUCCAGCCUGUCCUCUUGUAUAGCCUGUCAUGUCCCUCUAGCAUCCAACAGAUGGCCCUCUUGACCACCGAAGCUGAGGAGACAAACUCUCUUUUAGUCUCUCUGUCAAAAACAUAAAAUGGAAUAUUAAAACAUGAAGGUUUAGGGCCUACUUACAACUGUGAGGCUUGGUUAAUUUGGUACAUUAAGGAGCAAUUAUGAUUUGAAGGAGUGUCCACAUACUUUUCUAUAUACUGUUUAGGGUACAUUUUAUAAACAAAAGUAUGUGGACACCCCUUCAAAUUAGUGGAUUCAGCUAUUUCUGCCACAACCGUUGCUGACAGGUGUAUAAAAUCGAGCACACUGCCAUGCAAUCUCCAUGGAUAAACAUUGGCAGUACAAUGGCCUUGCUGAAGAGCUCAGUGACGUUCAACGUGGCACCGUCAUAGGAUGCCACAUUUCCAACAAGUCAAUUCGUCAGAUUUCUGCCCUGCUAGAGCUGCCCCGGUCAACUGUAAGUGCUGUUAUUGUGAAGUGGAAAUGUCUAGGAGCAACAACGGCUCAGCCGCGAAGUGGUAGGCCACACAAGCUCACAGAACGGGACCGGUGAGUGCUGAAGCGCAUAGUGCGUAAAAAUCGUCUGUCCUCAGUUGCAACACUCACUACCGAGUUCUGUUCGUCGGGAGCUUCAUGAAAUGGGUUUCCAUGGCCGAGCAGCCGCACACAAGCCUAAGAUCACCACGCGCAAUGCCAAGCGUUGGCUGGAGUGGUGUAAAGCUCACCGCCAUUGGCCUCUGGAGCAGUGGAAGCGCGUUCUCUGGAUUGAUGAAUCACGCUUCACCAUCUGGCAGUCCGACGGACGAAUCUGGGUUUGUCGAAUGCCAGGAGAACACUACCUGCCCCAAUGCAUAGAGCCAACUGUAAAGUUUGGUGGAGGAGGAAUAAUGGUCUGGGGCUGUUUUUCAUGGUUCGGGCUAGGCCCCUUAGUUCCAGUGAAGGGAAAUCAACGCAACAGUAUACAAUUACAUUCUAGAUGAUUCUGUGCUUCCAAAUUUGUGGUAACAGUUUGGGGAAGGCCCUUUCCUGUUUCAGCAUGACAAUGCCCCCGUGCACAAAGCGAGGUCCAUACAGAAAUGGUUUGUCGAGAUCGGUGUGGAAGAACUUGACUGGCACAGAGCCCUGACCUCAACCCCAUCGAACACCUUUGGGAUGAAUUGGAACGCCGACUGCGAGCCAGGCCUAAUCGCCCGACAUCAGUGCCCGACCUCACUAAUGCACUUGUGGCUGAAUGGAAGCAAGUCCCCCGCAGCAAUGUUCAAACAUCUACUAAAAAAUAAACAUUAAAAUGAGACUAAGAAUUUGAAUUAAUUACAACUUAUGCAACAUUGCGUCAACAUUACUGAAGAACAAAAGUGGUUUCAUAAUUGUCUAUGCAAAAAGUGCACUGUGAACCAUUGUACAUGGUUCCUUGAAUUAAAUAAAGUGCAGGUUUUCUGGAGAACAAAGGAGAAUGCACAGAACUUUCACUGUGGGCCAUGCAAUAUUCAUGUUUAAGUCACUCAGGGCCUGGGCCUGCAUUAAUGAGAGAAAUUACACUUUCUGUCUCCUGCCAAUGCUUCGAACUUUGGCACAAAUGGUGUGAGAGCAAAUCUGAGACACUGGUGCAGGUGUUCAUUGGUGAGCCUGGUGCGGAAUUUGUUUUUAAUAAAGUUAAUUGUGGAGAAGGCUGAUUCACAGCUGUAUGUGGAGCCAAACAUGGUCAGGAUGUACAGUACCAGUCAAAAGCCUGGACACACCUACUCAUUCCAGGGUUUUUCUUUAUUUUUACUAUUUUCUACAUUGUAGAAUAAUAGUGAAGACAUCAAAACUAUGAAAUAAUACAUAUGGAAUCAUGUAGUAACCAAAAAAGUGUUAAACAAAUCAAAAUAUAUUUUAUAUUUUAGAUUCUUCAAAAUAGCCACCCUUUGCCUUGAUGACAGCUUUGCACACUCUUGGCAUUCUCUCAACCAGCUUCAUGAGGAAUGCUUUCCAACAGUCUUGAAGGAGUUCCCACAUAUGCUGAGCACUUGUUGUCUGCUUUUCCUUCACUCGGCGGUCCGACUCAUCCCAAACCAUCUCAAUUUGGUUGAAGGCCAGGGGAUUGUGGAGGACAGGUCAUCUUAUACAGCACUCCAUCACUCUCCUUCUUGGUCAAAUAGCCCAUACACAGCCUGGAGGUGUGUUUUGGGUCAUUGUCCUGUUGAAAAACUAAUUAUAGUUCCACUAAGCUCAAACCAGAUGGGAUGGCGUAUCACUGCAGAAUGCUGUGGUAGCCAUGCUGGUGAAGUGUGCCUUGAAUUCUAAAUAAAUCACAGACAGUGUCACCAGCAAAGCACCAUCACACCUCCUCCUCCAUGCUCCACUGUGGGAACCACACAUGCGGAGAUCAUCCGUUCACCUACUCUGCGUCUCACAAAGACACGGCGGUUGGAACCAAAAAUCUCACAUUUGGACUCAUCAGACCAAAGGACAGAUUUCCACCGAAAUGAGACUUGUCACUCUUUUGCUCUGAUAAGAAAGCUUUGGUUUCCUCCUGAAUGGCCCAAAAGCGUUCCAAAACCCUGCCUUUGCUGAGCCAUCUGACAUUGUCAUCAAAACAUGCCAUUGGCCUCUGUCAGAAUGCCUCGUAGCAGGCGCUGUUGUAGGGAUGAUGUUGCUCUCAGAAAGUUGAUCCGUUUCAUCAUCGUUGUCAUGACCUCAGAAUACUAUUUUCCUAGACUGGCACACAGGACAUAUUGGUGAAUGAUGCAGCGGUAUGAUGUCAGGUCAGGGUGGUCGUCUUUCAAAACGUGGAACCAGUCCCCUCCCUCUUCCUAUCAUGGCUGGAGCUCCAUGAUGUCAGGUCAGGGUGGUCGUCUUUCAAAACGUGCAACCAGUCCCCUCCCUCUUCCUAUCAUGGCUGGAGCUCCAUGAUGUCAGGUCAGUGUGGUCGUCUUUCAAAACGUGCAACCAGUCCCCUCCCUCUUCCUAUCAUGGCUGGAGCUCCAUCUGUGGUGAUGGAGACCACUGACUUCAGAUCUAUCCCCCUUUUCUGGAGCUCCAUCUGUGGUGAUGGAGACCACUGACUUCAGAUCUAUCCCCCUUUUCUGGAGCUCCAUCUGUGGUGAUGGAGACCACUGACUUCAGAUCUAUCCCCCUUUUCUGGAGCUCCAUCUGUGGUGAUGGAGACCACUGACUUCAGAUCUAUCCCCCUUUUCUGGAGCUCCAUCUGUGGUGAUGGAGACCACUGACUUCAGAUCUAUCCCCCUUUUUUGUCAGCAUCGCCUUUGAUGGCCUCAUGAAUGUCCUCUCCUCGUGUGUGCGCUUCAAGAGUUGUUAAACCCCAACAGCGCCUCACAGAAUUCCUUCUUUGUUUCGUUAUAAAAUCUGACCAAUACCAGAAGCUGGGCAUUAUCGGUGUUAUCUGUUGAUUCAUCCACAGCUACAUAAAUGCGUGGUGCAUUAUGAAUGGCCUCAUCAAGUUGUGAAAUCACAUCUUCAGCUAAUAUUUCAGUUCUCCUCAUUGCUGUGGGAUCUGUUUGAUCUUUUCCCUGAGCUCAUCUUUUUUUGUUUACCUUCAAGCAAGGUGUCAGCAACUUCACACAUGCAUCCUUUUACCAUCUCAGCGUCUGAAAAUGUUUUUGUGUGUGUUUUCCCAAAACCCAAGCUAUCCUCAGUGAACACUCCAUUGCACGUUGUUUGGCUGUCAGGGAAUUGACAAGGUGACUUGGGUGGACGUCUCAUAUUGGGAUUCGAGUUGGUUAAUCCAGUUUGUUCUCACCUCCGUGUUCAGGGGAUACGUCUGAUCCAAUUUACUGUGCCUGGUGUCAUAAUGGUGCUUAACAUGGGCACUUUUCAGGAGAGCUACGACUCACUGCAUAUCAGGCACGUUGGUUUUGUGUUAGUUGUGGGGAGAAUGAAUAAAUACUGUUCCGUCCACUCGUCUUUGAAUAUACGUUUUUCAGAGUUUUUUUUUUUUUAACAAACCAUAUUAACAAAGAUACUGGUAACUAAGCUCCUUCUAUCUGUGAUAUUAACAGUUGAUACUGGUAACUAAGCUCCUUCUAUCUGUGAUAUUAACAGAUGAACUGCGGUCAAAUUUUUCUCUUUCUUUCUGUCUGCUUGUCCAAGGUUCCACAGAGGAUAUUUGGAUUGAUGUGAUUGGGUAAGACGCGGCCUCUUGUAUUUGCAUAUAACCACGCGAUUGGACAGGGCACAAGUAGAGGCGGGCGUUGCUUUGAGAGAGAGAGAGAGAGAGAGAGAGAGAGAGAGAGAGAGAGAGAGAGAGAGAGAGAGAAGAGAUAGAGAUAGAGAGAGAGGAUAGAUAGAGCGAGAGAUAGAUAUAUAGAGAGAGCCUCUCUGCGCUCGCCUUCUCCCGAACUACAAUGCGCCUCCUCUCUAAGCUUCUCUACUCUCUCCUCUCUCUCUCUCUCUACUCUUCUCUCUACUCUCUCUGUUACUGAGUUAAAGAAGCCGAUGUGCCCGGUUGAUUUUUUAAAGCUGUCUAAAAAUAAUGAAUUUACUUUUAUAGAACAAAAUGCGAUGUUGUCCAGUCCGGAUUGACCCUUCUCUGGGUCCGGAACCGGACCGCGGUCCACCAGCUGAGUUGGGCUGACCUAGUGGAAAGCCUUCCUAGAAGAGUGGAGGCUGCUAUAGCAGCAAGGGGGGACCAACUCCAUAUUAAUGCCUAUGAUUUUGGAAUGAGUUGUUUGACGAGCAGGUGUCCACAUACUUUUGGUCAUGUAGUAUCACAUCUACUGCUCUCUGUUAUCACAUCUACUGCUCUCUGUUAUCACAUCUACUGCUCUCUGUUAUCACAUCUACUGCUCUCUGUUAUCACAUCUACUGCAUCUUGUUAUCACAUUACUACUCUCUGUUUAUCCACAUCUACACUCCUCUGUUAUCACAUCUACUGCUCUCUGUUAUCACAUCUACUACUCUCUGUUAUCACAUCUACUGCUCUCUGUUAUCACAUCUACUACUCUCUGUUAUCACAUCUACUGCUCUCUGUUAUCACAUCUACUACUCUCUGUUAUCACAUCUACUACUCUCUGUUAUCACAUCUACUGCUCUCUGUUAUCACAUCUACUGCUCUCUGUUAUCACAUCUACUGCUCUCUGUUAUCACAUCUACUACUCUCUGUUAUCACAUCUACUGCUCUCUGUUAUCACAUCUACUACUCUCUGUUAUCACAUCUACUGCUCUCUGUUAUCACAUCUACUGCUCUCUGUUAUCACAUCUACUACUCUCUGUUAUCACAUCUACUACUCUCUGUUAUCACAUCUACUUCUCUCUGUUAUCACAUCUACUGCUCUCUGUUAUCACAUCUACUACUCUCUGUUAUCACAUCUACUGCUCUCUGUUAUCACAUCUACUGCUCUCUGUUAUCACAUCUACUGCUCUCUGUUAUCACAUCUACUGCUCUCUGUUAUCACAUCUACUGCUCUCUGUUAUCACAUCUACUACUCUCUGUUUAACACUUCUUUGGUUACUACAUGAUUCCAUAUGUGUUAUUUCAUAGUCUUGAUGUCUUCACUGUUAUUCUACAAUGUCGAAAAUAGUAAAAAAAUAAAGAAAAACCUUUGAAUGAGUAGAUGUGUCCACACGUUUGACUGGUACUAUAUAUAUAUAUGGCACGAUGUUGGCACGAUGUUGGCACGGUGUUGGCACGGUGUUGGCACAAUGUUGGCACGAUGUUGGCACGGUGUUGGCACGAUGUUUUCACGGUGUUGGCACGAUGUUGGCACGGUGUUGGCACGGUGUUGGCACGAUGUUGGCACGGUGUUGGCACGGUGUUGGCACGAUGUUGGCACGGUGUUGGCACGAUGUUGGCACGGUGUUGGCACGAUGUUGGCACGGUGUUGGCACGAUGUUGGCACGGUGUUGGCACGGUGUUGGCACGAUGUUGGCACGGUGUUGGCACAAUGUUGGCACGAUGUUGGCACGGUGUUGGCACGGUGUUGGCACGGUGUUGGCACAAUGUUGGCAUGAUGUUGGCACGAUGUUGGCACGAUGUUGGCACGGUGUUGGCACGAUGUUUUCACGGUGUUGGCACGAUGUUGGCACGGUGUUGGCACGAUGUUGGCACGGUGUUGGCACGAUGUUGGCACGGUGUUGGCACGAUGUUGGCACGGUGUUGGCACGGUGUUGGCACGGUGUUGGCACGAUGUUGGCACGGUGUUGGCACGGUGUUGGCACGAUGUUGGCACGGUGUUGGCACGAUGUUGGCACGGUGUUGGCACGAUGUUGGCAUGGUGUUGGCACGGCAUCUACUAUAUGAGACCUAAGAUACACCUGUCCAACAUACCUGGAAACGGACUCCAAACACACACUGACACUUGCACACCUGCUAGCACACACAUAUGCUACCAUACACACACACACACACGCACACACACACACACACACACAUACGCUACCAUACACACACACAGUUUUGAUAAUUGACCCCUGU